AUGGUGAAGUCUAGAAGGGUGCAGGUGCUCCUGAUUUUGGCAGUUCUGUCCUUCCUUCUGAUCCACUUCUACUUCCUACCCUGCAGCAACAAUGCCCCCACGGAAGAAAAACCUUCUCCAGUCCACAUCCUCAUUCUCUCCUCCUGGCGAUCAGGAUCUUCUUUCACUGGACAAAUCUUCAGCCAGCACCCCAGCGUCUUCUACCUGAUGGAGCCCGCAUGGCACGUGUGGGUUACGAUGUACCAGAACAGUGCGAAGGUCUUGCACAUGGCAGUGCGGGACCUAGUCAGGUCGGUCUUUCUGUGUGACAUGUCAGUGUUUGAUGCUUACAUGUCUAGCCAGAAGAAAAAGUCUGAUUUAUUUCAGUGGGAGACAAGCCGAGCCUUGUGCUCCCCCCCUGCCUGCGACUCAUUCAGUCGCAGUGACAUAAUCACUGCAGGCAAUUGCAGAACAAUCUGUGGCAAGUACCCAUUCAGCAAGGUGGAGGAAGCUUGUAAAACCUACAGCCAUGUUGCCAUCAAGGAGGUUCGAUUCUUUGACCUAAAAGUUCUCUACCCGCUUCUCACUGAUCCGUCUCUGAACCUCAAAAUCAUUCACUUGGUCCGUGAUCCUCGGGCUGUUUUCAGGUCCCGAGAGAAUACAGUGGCAGACCUGAAACGUGACAGUAACAUUGUUGUGGGGUCCCAGAGUACGAAGGGAGAAAUGGGGCCCUACAACACAAUGCAAGUAAUUUGCAAAAGCCAUGUUGAGAUUUACAAGGCAGGCCGUCAGGCCAUUCCCAGCUUCCUGAAAGACCGCUACCUGCUGGUUCGCUACGAAGACAUUGUCAGAGACCCGCUAGCAAGGGCUGCUCAGAUGUACAGGUUUGCAGAACUCCAUUUCACACCGGAACUUCGGAAGUGGGUGCACAACAUCACCCAUGGGAAGGGGCAAGGAGCACAGGCCUUUGAUAUUGGGUCCAGAGAUGCGCUGAGAGUAUCCCAGGCCUGGAGGAAGACCCUUCCCUUCCAGAAAAUAGAAAAAGUGCAAAAUGUGUGCAAGGAUGCGAUGGACUUGCUGGGCUACCGGCUCAUUCAGUCUGAAGAAGAGCAAAAAAAUAUGUCACUGGAUCUUUUGUUUGCCCAGAACUCCUCUGAGUAA